UAGCGUGGGUACAUGACGAACAGGCGAUAAAACAAUACAUAUCGAAAAUAAUAUACGAUAUUUCGAAACAGGAAAAUCUGUGCUUCGUAAAAUGAAGACCAUUGUCACCUUCCUGGCGAUCGUCGCGAUGUCGGCAGCAGUCGAGCUACCACCAAGCCUGAAGACCUGUCGAAGAAGUGAUCCACAGUACUCCCAAUGUUUAAACGCCGCCGUCCCAGUGUUCAUCAAGUCUCUGUCUGCAGGUCUCAGAAGUUUCAAAGUCCUCCCCAUCGAGCCCUUGGCGGUUGACAGCGUAAAAAUCGGCGAAAGUACCGGUCCUGUGUCGGUGAAGCAGGCGUAUCACAAUAUCAAGUUACACGGACUAACAAGAGGACUGGAAGUAACUAAUUACAGAAUUGAUUUCAACAAGCUGAUUCUCACAUCCGAAUCCUACAAUCCUCAAGUUGAUUUCGUCGCCGAUUACGAACUGGAUGGUCAAGUUCUAGUUCUUCCGAUCCAUGGAAAAGGCCGCUCUAACAUAACCAUGAUCGGAUUACAUGCGAAGAGCACCAUAUACUGUGACACGUACGUCAAGGAUGGCGAGACUUAUCUAAGAAUCAAGAAGUACGACAUCAAAUUUAACCCCGACAGCGUUAGGAUGCACUUCGGUAAUCUAUUCGAUGGUGAUAACGCUCUUGCGGCACAGAUGAACACAUUCAUUGCCCAGAAUUCCGAAUUACUCUUCAAAGAACUUCAGCCACCCUAUGAAGAGACGUUUGGACUUGUCUUCGCGAAGCUCGGAAAUGAAGUUUUCAGCCGUAUUCCAAUGAACAAAUUAUUCCCAGAAUAAAAUAUCAUUAGCUUUAACUUGUUAACAUUAUGGUUUUGUAAUCAAAGAAAAGUGAAAAAAUAAAAACAAUCCGAAAAUCUUAU